AUGGCUGAGUCUUCUGAGUAUCCGUCUACGUUGGACAGCGCCUUCAAUGGCGCAUCGCCCAUCAAAGACCGCAUCGAUCCGAUCCGGUUGACGACAAGCAACAUUGUCCCAAUCUUCAAUCUGCCCCUCUCCCAGCAGGUGUUGGGCCAUGAGUCAAACGAGUCUCUUGCGCAAGUCGCUAGCGGUGAUAUCUCCUAUACCAACUUUGUCGCAGAGCAAGCUCGCUGCGCUCUCCAGGCAAACGAUGAUCAAUCUACCGAACAAAAGCAAUCGCAACUACUGCACCUCGGCCUAGCAGCUCUGUUCGCCUUCCUGCAGUCCAACGUCACCGGACCUCCCCUUGAAUUCAACUCAGCUCAGGUCGUGCUCCCCUCCUCCCUCCGAACCGAACGACAAACCCUCAAGGCUGUCCGUGCGAAGAUCAUCCGCGAUCUGUCGGUCGAUGGAGAAGCUGCCUACAGGCUCACACCCAACCCGGAGCUGUUUGCCGUCGCCAAGGCCUUACUGGCCGAUGCAGCUACAGAUGGACCACUAUGUGCGAAGACUGCACGCAUGCGCGCCAACUUCCUUCAUCAGAAGAUGCUCUCCGAGGUCACUAGCACUUUGCAAGAUGUGAUUUACAAGGAUGUCGAGAUUUUGGACAAGGCUGAAUUGAAUGCUCAUGAGAGAGGACGGUUCUUGUUGGAAAGGGCAAUUAUCAACACGCACCAUGGCUUCGAUAUUAAGGCUCGCGAAGAUAUUGACCAGGCGGCGAAGGUACGGAAGUUCGAAUUUGCCUUGACCGGUAAGAUGGGCAAGCGUACAAAAUUCCAAGAACGCGAUAUCAGUCAACUGGUUGUCCUUGCAAAGAGUGCCGAUGAAACAGCACUUUCCAGCGAGCCCUCUGGGCCCAAGAACCUAGACUUGAACGACGACACUCUCCUUGAAUCUAUCUCUUUCUCGGACUCAAAGCCCGACGAAGAGUCAUUGGCGAUCCAGGAUAAGGUCUCUGCUUCUUUGGAAUCAAUCGAUGCCAACAACCAGCCCAUCCUCAACCCAGUGGACUCGGCCCUCUUGUUGGCUCUUGCGUCCGCCAUCACAAAUACUUCCCCCGAGAACGGUCUUACCCGUGAAGAAACGAACCCUUAUGCUACUCGUGUUCUUGAUGGUGGCAGUUCCAACUGGCAAAUUUAUACACAGGCACUUUUGGUUCGCAGUCGUGUAGAGGGUUACCGCUCGCGUACAGUCGAGCGUGCCGUGCUUCAGAUGCAGGCUUUGGUGGACCAGGUUAUUGCGGAUACCGCCACUAGUGAUGAUGCCGCCCAAACUGAAUCAGGCGAGCCUUCGACUUUCCUGCCGCGUCCCGAGCAGUCAGAGUCUGCCCCGGCCGCCGACCGUCUCGAACACAUCUGGAUCCUGAACUUCUCCACCCGAUGGAGCCUCGAGGCUGAGCUUGCCAAGCGCUGGGUCGACCUUGGUGGUCUGCGCACUGCCCUUGAGAUCUACGAGCGCCUUCACCUGUGGGCUGAGGCCGCGCUUUGCUACGCUGCCACUGAGCGUGAAGGCAAGGCGAAGAUCCUCAUCCGCCGCCAGCUCUACCAAGCCACGGGUCCGGAUGAGAACGAUGAAAAUGAGCUCGCUCACCAUUGCCAGCAGAUGCCCCCCCGUCUGCUUUGUAUCUUGGGAGAUAUCAACAAAGAUGAGACCUUUUACGAGCGCGCGUGGGAGGUGUCUGACCAGCGAUAUGCUCGCGCCCAGCGCUCCCUCGCUCGCCAUUACCUCACUUCCACUCCACCUGAGCUUGAGAAGGCCGAGGAGGCGUACAAAAAGAGUCUGCACAUCAGCCGACUCAACCACGGCGCGUGGUUCGCUCUUGGAUGUGUGCAGCUCGAGCUCCAAAAAUGGGAAGCUGCCACUGAUACGUUCACCCGCACCGUUCAGCUCGAUGACACAGAUGGCCAGGCAUGGAGUAAUUUGGCGGCUGCAAUGCUUCGCACAUCCGCACCCCAGCCCACUCCCGACACAGUCGAUGAAGUCACAGGCGAGACCCCUGCUGAUGUAGACCCUCACAAGCGUAAGCGUGAGGCUCUUUCCGCCCUUCAACGCGCCGCUCAGCUCAAGGGUACCGAUGCCCGCAUCUGGGACAAUGUUCUCACUGUGGCUGCAUCCAUCCCACCCCCGGCGACGCCAUUCCGUGACGUCAUCACUGCCCAAAAGCGCAUUAUUGAGCUGAUCGGCGCGAAGAGCGGCGAGAAGUGUGUUGAUGUUGCCAUUUUGGGUAUGCUGGUUGAUUUCCUCAACACGGCUUUCGAUUAUGAAAGCCUCCUCAUCCCCUCCAAUGAUGAGUCCGAAGCCCCCGUCGUUCGCACUGGUACAAUUCCUGGUCAAAUCAUCUCGCUGGUUGACAACAACGUGGUGCCGCUCAUCACGCACUCAGCAGUGUUGUGGCAGAUCGUUGCUCGCGUUGAAGUUUUCCGUGGGCGCCCAAGUAAGGCGUUCGAAGCCCACGAAAAGGCGUGGCGUGCUACUGUUGCAACCAACGCUCAGGGUGCUUUCCAGAUGGGUGAUGAGAAGCCCUGGCUCGAGGUUGUGCGUGCUACGGAGAAGCUUGUCAGGAAUGGCUAUGCCAAGUUCGGACCCAUGGAUCGCGAGGACCAAAAGCUUGAGGGUGACCAAGAAGCUGAGCUUGUUGCGAAGGACUGGCGCUUCAAGGCCAGAAGUGCGGUCCGAGGUAUUCUGGGCAAGGGCAAAGACUUCUGGGAUGGAAGUGAGGGCUGGGACCGUCUCAAGGAUUUGCAGUCUGAGGUUACCGGAAACUAG